UCGUUUCGCCAUGUGAAGCUCCUCUAUAUUCAACUCUCUUUCUCUCUCUCUCUCUCUCGUGUGUUAAAUGCCUUUUGACUACAUUGCUCUACAAGCUCCUUCUGUCCUGACAAGCUCUACUUCUUCUUGUUCUUCUUGUUUUCCGGCGGCUCACUCGGCCGGAGAGGAUGGAGAGGCCGUCCGGAAUGUCCGCCGGGGUUCUUUUUCGGCGAGUGCUGAUGCUCUGCCUCUCUCUGAGCGUAGUUUCAGUCUCACAGGCAGAUGAGCUUCAGCUGCUCCUGAAGCUGAAGUCCGCGCUUGCAACACCAUCGACCACAGGCGUUUUCAGUUCAUGGAGGGUCGGCAACGACAAGUGCAACUUCACUGGAAUCGUGUGCAAUUCAGACGGUUUCGUUACUGAGAUCAACCUCUCUCAAAUGGGACUGGUGGGUACUCUCCCUUUCGACUCGAUAUGCUCGCUCGGCUCUCUUGAAAAGAUCGAUCUUGGGGAGAAUCGUUUCUACGGUAAGGUAGUGGAUGAUCUGAGAAACUGCACGAGGUUGAAGUACUUCAACUUGGGGUUCAAUUCCUUUUCUGGGACUGUUCCUGAUUUGUCCACUUUGAGCCGCUUGGAGUUCUUGAAUCUGAACAACAGUGGAUUCUCAGGGAUCUUCCCAUGGAAGUCGCUUGAAAACAUGACCAAUCUUGGCUUUUUGAGCCUCGGAGACAACUUUUUUGACGUGACUAGUCCAUUUCCUAUGGAGGUUAUCAAGUUGGAGAAGUUGUAUUGGCUUUACCUCGCCAAUUGCAGCAUCAGAGGGCAGAUCCCGGAAGGCAUCGGGAACCUGACGCUUCUCGAGAAUCUUGAGCUCUCGGACAAUGAAUUGUCCGGUGAAAUCCCUCGGGGCAUCGCAUGGCUCAGCCGGCUUCGGCAGCUUGAGCUCUACGACAAUUACUUGACUGGUAAGCUUCCUCUCGGGUUUGGGAAUCUCACAAGCCUCGUGAAAUUCGAUGCGUCGCAUAACAGGCUCGAAGGCAAUCUCUCAGAGAUUAGGUUCUUGACAAGCCUGGCCUCCUUGCAGCUUUUCGAGAACCAGUUGACAGGGGAGAUUCCAGAGGAGCUUGGAGAGUUCAAGAAUCUUAUUGACCUGUCUCUCUAUUCGAAUAGGCUGACCGGUCCGCUUCCUCCGAAGCUUGGCUCGUGGGCGGACUUCAAUUUCGUAGAUGUUUCGGACAACUCGCUCACGGGAAGUAUCCCACCGGAUAUGUGCAAGAAUGAAAUGACCGAUUUUCUUAUGCUGGAUAACAAGCUCACUGGGACUAUCCCGGCGACCUACACAGAUUGUUCAUCCUUAAGUCGGGUACGCUUGAACAAUAACUCGCUCUCUGGUGCCGUUCCUGCUGGAAUAUGGGGCUUGCCAAAUCUCAUCAUAAUUGAUCUUGGGGCGAAUCAACUCGAGGGAUCAAUAACGUCUGAUAUCAGAAGGGGAAAAUCUCUGGCUCAGUUAUUGCUAUCUGAUAAUAAAUUUUCAGGCGAAUUACCAGAAGCAAUGUCGGAAGCAUCUGCUUUGGUCUCAAUUCAGCUGAGUUUGAAUGGAUUUGUGGGAAAGAUUCCGUCGACAAUUGGGAACUUGACGAAAUUGAAUACACUCGAUUUGAAUGGAAAUCUGCUUUCCAGUAGCAUACCUGUAUCUAUUGUCUCCUGCGUCGCCCUUGCUGUUGUAAACCUCUCAAACAAUUCGUUGACCGGUGAAAUUCCCGACAGCAUCGGAAACUUACAGACUCUGAACUCCCUGAACCUAUCCAAUAACAAACUUUCUGGUAAAAUCCCAUUGAGCCUGGGAUUAAUGAAGCUAAGCCUUCUCGAUCUCUCGAACAACCGGUUAACUGGUCCAAUACCGGACUCCCUAUCAACAGAAGCCUACCAUGAUAGCUUUGAUGGGAAUCCCAGCCUGUGUAGUCAGAGGCUUGAACAAUUCCGGCCAUGUAUUUCGAGUUCGCAGGCAACCACUCCUGUCGGGGUUAUUCUCUCGUGCUUCUUUGCCGGAAUAAGUUUGUUGCUGAUCAUGUUCGCAAUUAUGAUGUACGCGAAGUUCAGAAAGAGAAGCAAGAGUCUCAAGAGUGUCAACAGUUUGUGCAGGCCAGAUUCUUGGAACAUGAAGCCGUACCGCAUACUAAGCUUCACAGAGAGGGACAUAAUUGAUUACAUAAACGAGAACUUGAUCGGGAGGGGCGGAUCCGGAAACGUGUAUAAAGUCGUCUUGGGGAACGGCAAGGAACUCGCUGUGAAGCACAUCUGGGCAUCAAGUUCAGGCAGCUUUAGAAGCCAUCCCAGCAGCUCAGCCAUCCUCAGCAAGAAAAGCAAGAGCUCGCCCGAGUACGACGCCGAGGUGGCUGCACUGAGUUCGAUCAGGCAUGUGAAUGUGGUCAAGUUGUACUGCAGCAUCACGAGCGAGGACAGCCACCUGCUUGUUUAUGAGUACUUGCCGAACGGGAGCCUGUGGGACAGGUUACACGAGAGCCAGAAGAUGGAGAUGGGAUGGGAGGUGCGGUAUGAGAUUGCGUUAGGGGCUGCCCUGGGAUUGGAGUAUCUGCACCACGGAUGUGAUCGGCCGAUCAUACACCGCGACGUGAAAUCAAGUAAUAUCUUGUUGGACAAAGAGUGGAAACCGAGGAUAGCGGAUUUCGGGCUAGCGAAAAUCGUGCAGGCCAGUCCUGGUGGUAAUUGGACACAUGCCAUUGCAGGGACUCUUGGAUACAUAGCUCCAGAGUAUGCAUACACCAUGAAGGUCAAUGAAAAGAGCGACGUCUACAGCUUUGGUGUCGUCCUGAUGGAGUUGGUCACAGGAAGGAGGCCCAUCGAGUCGGAAUUCGGAGAGAACAAGGACAUUGUUUAUUGGGUGCGUGAAAACAUGAGCAGCAAAAACUCUCUGCUCGAUUUGGUGGACUCGAACAUUUCCGACACCCUGAAAGAAGACGCCGUUGAAGUGCUCCGAAUAGCCAUCCUUUGCACGGCUAACAUCCCAACCGUGAGGCCGUCAAUGAGGAUGGUGGUUCAGAUGCUAGAGGAAGCCGAGCCCUGCAGCCUCAACAAUAUCCUCGUCGACAAAGUAGACGAAAACAGUGAAAAGACCGAAGGAAAACAGCUAAAUUCAGGCUCUCAAAACUGAAUUCUGCUUCUCUGCGUUAGGAAUUCAUGUAGCAGACAUGACAUUAGCAUAAAAUAAACCUUGAGGGAGCCCAUCUCGGUUCAGUUUGGUUAAAGUGCAUCAGAUUUUGGAGCUGAUGUGCUGAAUCCUGAUUAGAGCUGUUAUGAGAGAGUUAAAAACUUAUGAUUUUAGCUUUUUGGGUUAAA